UGUGAUAAGGUUGGCGAGUGUGACUCAGCCUGUGACAAAGAGACGGCGGAAGCUUAUCUGGGGAAGUCUGUUAAGAAAGCUGUUGUGACGGUUCCGGCUUACUUUAAUGAUGCUCAGAGACAGGCUACUAAAGAUGCUGGUAGGAUCGCUGGUUUGGAUGUGGAGAGGAUUAUUAAUGAGCCGACGGCUGCUGCGCUUUCGUAUGGGAUGACUAAUAAGGAGGGUUUGAUUGCUGUGUUUGAUCUUGGUGGUGGGACGUUCGAUGUGUCUGUUUUGGAGAUUUCUAAUGGGGUCUUCGAGGUGAAAGCCACAAAUGGUGAUACCUUCUUGGGAGGAGAGGAUUUUGAUAAUGCUCUGUUAGACUUCUUGGUAAAUGAGUUCAAGACCAGUGAGGGAAUAGACCUCGCAAGAGACAGACUCGCUCUGCAGAGGCUUCGAGAGGCUGCUGAGAAGGCCAAGAUUGAGCUAUCAUCAACUUCUCAAACUGAAAUCAAUCUGCCAUUUAUCACAGCUGAUGCAUCCGGAGCGAAGCAUUUCAACAUCACCCUAACAAGGUCAAAGUUCGAAACUCUGGUGAACAACUUGAUCGAGAGGACCCGUGAGCCUUGCAAGAACUGUCUCAAGGAUGCUGGUAUAAGUGCUAAGGAAGUUGAUGAGGUUCUUCUCGUUGGAGGAAUGACACGUGUCCCUAAGGUACAGAGUGUUGUUGCGGAGAUCUUUGGGAAGACACCGAGUAAAGGUGUCAACCCUGAUGAGGCUGUAGCUAUGGGAGCUGCGCUUCAAGGUGGUAUCCUCCGUGGUGAUGUCAAAGAGUUGCUGCUUCUAGAUGUCACGCCUCUGUCGCUUGGUAUUGAAACACUUGGUGGUGUCUUUACAAGGUUGAUUGGCCGAAACACAACUAUCCCCACUAAGAAGAGUCAGGUGUUCUCAACUGCAGCAGACAAUCAGACACAAGUUGGGAUCAAAGUGCUUCAAGGCGAGCGUGAGAUGGCAUCAGACAACAAGCUGUUAGGAGAAUUCGAUCUAGUGGGCAUUCCACCAUCACCAAGAGGCAUCCCUCAGAUCGAAGUAACGUUCGACAUCGAUGCGAACGGCAUUGUCACUGUUUCCGCCAAGGACAAGACGACUGGCAAAGAGCAACAGAUCACGAUCCGAUCAUCUGGUGGACUCUCAGAGGAUGAUAUCCAGAAGAUGGUGAGAGACGCGGAGUUGCACGCUCAGAAAGACAAGGAAAGGAAAGACUUGAUCGACACCAAGAACACGGCUGACACAACGAUUUACAGCAUAGAGAAGAGCUUGGGUGAGUACAGAGAGAAGAUCCCUGGUGAAGUCGCCAAGGAGAUUGAAGAUGCUGUGGCGGAUCUAAGGAGCGCUUCGGCUGGAGAUGAUGUUAAUGAGAUUAAGGCUAAGAUCGAUGCGGCGAACAAAGCUGUUUCGAAGAUAGGAGAGCACAUGUCUGGUGGAGGUUCUGCACCAGGAGGAGGAGCUCAGGGAGGAGGGAGUGAUCAAACUCCGGAGGCUGACUACGAGGAAGUGAAGAAGUGAAGAGUGUUUAUUGUUUCUGGUCAGUUGGGUUAAGAAGUUAGGUGGUUAGAUCAUGGUUGGUUUCAUGUCCUAGAAGCUUUUGCCAUAAAAACAGCGGACAGGGGAUCUGUUUCUGGAAUAAGUUUUUUCUUUGUGGUGAACGAAGCUUAAUGUUCUUGUUUCUGCUAUAAACCCUUUUGUUAUAAAAGAGAGACGUUUCAAAAUUCCCUCUCACUGCACCAAAUCAUGUAAAUUAACCGUUGAGGAGGGAGAAAGAACAUUUCUAGAAAUAAUCUUAAGAUUGUUAGCAUUUUUCUUGUUAAUUGAAGAAAGUUG